GUAGUCGGAUAUAGUUCUUUUCGUUCUGAAGUUUCUCCAUGGCGGUGGGCACGAAGCACUGAUACGGUGGAAGUCUGUGAAACAGAAAGAAGGGUGCGCAAGUGAAAGGAGAAGAAAUCGGGAAGGAACAAACGCACUCGUGAAGGAAAAGCGAUUGAAACAGCUUUCCGCAUGGUUUUACUUGUUUUUAUCAAGUUCGCGGUAACUGGGUAGUUACCUACAAGUUGAAAGUUCGAAGGUGUAGAAGGAUUCGUGGAGCAGUAGCUAACGUUUUUGAAACUUGUGCCUUUAGAAUAGCUGAGAAUGCGUUGGUUUAUUCACGUUUUGUUUUCAUUUACUUGUUUGGCAGUAUGCAGCCACAGUGCUAUGGAUGAAUGCACUGAUGAUCUUAAUCGGCCUCAGCGAUGCAUGCCAGAGUUUGUCAACGCUGCCUUCAAUGUCACCGUUGUGGCUACCAAUACUUGUGGCUCUCCCCCUGAAGAAUACUGCGUGCAGACCGGGGUUACAGGGGUCACCAAGUCGUGCCACAUCUGCGAUGCCAGGGAUCCUAGACAACACCACAGUGCUGUGUACCUCACCGAUUACAACAAUCAACAGGACACCACUUGGUGGCAAAGUCAGACUAUGUUAGCGGGUAUCCAGUAUCCACACUCAAUCAAUUUGACUCUUCAUCUUGGCAAGUCUUUUGACAUCACUUACGUGCGACUGAAGUUCCACACAAGCCGACCAGAGAGCUUUGCCAUCUACAAGCGGACACGUGAGGACGGCCCGUGGACACCCUACCAGUACUACAGUGGUUCCUGUGAGAAGACCUACCAGAAGACCAACCGGGGCUUCAUCCGCACCGGCGAGGAUGAGCAGCAGGCCUUGUGCACGGACGAGUUCAGCGACAUCUCACCCUUGACCGGAGGAAACGUGGCCUUUUCCACCCUGGAGGGUCGGCCCAGUGCUUACAACUUUGACAACAGCCCAGUUCUGCAGGAGUGGGUGACGGCCACAGAUAUCAAGGUGACCCUGAACAGGCUCAACACGUUCGGAGACGAGGUCUUCAACGAUCCCAAGGUCCUGAAGUCCUACUACUACGCUAUCUCAGACUUUGCUGUGGGAGGAAGGUGCAAGUGUAACGGCCAUGCCAGUGAGUGUGUGAAAAACCCUGGCUUCAGCAAGCCGGUCUGCAACUGCAAGCACAACACGGAGGGGGACGACUGCAACCUGUGCAAACCCUUCUACAACGACCGUCCCUGGAGAAGAGCCACGGCCGAGAACCCUAACGAGUGUCUGCCUUGCAACUGUAAUGGCAAGAGUUCAGAGUGCUACUUCGAUCCCGAGCUGUACCGUGCCACUGGCCACGGAGGACACUGCCGCUUCUGUGCCGACAACACCGGCGGGCCCAACUGCGAGCGGUGCCUGGCCAACUACUACCGGGAUGGAUCUGGCAACCGCUGCCUGCCUUGCAACUGCAACCCAGUGGGCUCUCUGGCUACUCAGUGCGAUAACACGGGACGCUGCAGCUGUAAGCCGGGUGUGACCGGGGACAAGUGUGACCGCUGCCAGCCCGGCUUCCACACCCUGACCGAAGCAGGCUGCAGACCCUGUUCCUGUAACCCUUCCGGAAGCACACAGGAGUGUGAUGUCCAGACAGGCCGUUGCCAGUGUAAGGACAACGUGGAGGGCUUCAGCUGUGACAGGUGUAAGCUGGGCUUCUUCAACAUGGAUCCCCGGAACUCUCAGGGUUGCACCCCUUGUUUCUGCUUCCAGCACUCCUCUGUGUGUAACAGCGCUGAAGGCUACAGCAUCAGCACCAUCUCCUCCAGCUUUGACAUAGAUAAUGAGGGAUGGACAGGCCAACAGCGUGACGGCUCCCGUGUCCAAGUCCAGUGGUCUGAUGUUGGAGAGAUCUCCCUCAUCUCUGAGGACUACAAUCCUAUGUACUUUGUUGCUCCAGAGAAGUUCCUAAGGAAUCAGCUGCUGAGCUAUGGCCAGAAUCUCACUUUCAACUUCCGCGUGGAGCGGAGAGACGCGCGCCUCUCGGCCGAGGAUGUGGUUCUGGAAGGGGCUGGCCUCAGAUUGGCUGUGCCUCUCAUUGCUCAGGGAAAUACGUAUCCUGGGGAGAACAUGCAUACAUUUGUGUUCAGGCUCCACGACAGCACAGAAUACCCAUGGAGGCCCAGUCUCACUCACUCAGAGUUCCAGAAGCUUCUGCACAAUCUGACCUCCAUCAAGAUCCGUGGCUCAUACAGCGAGAGAAGUGCCGGUUACCUUGAUGACGUGACCCUGAUCACUGCUAGGAAAGGUCCCGGGACACCAGCUCGCUGGGUGGAGAAGUGUACCUGCCCCCAGGGCUAUGUGGGUCAGCACUGCGAGAGGUGCGCCCUGGGAUACCGAAGGAGUAGACCAGACCUGGGGCCCUUCAGCUCCUGCGACGCCUGCAAUUGUAACGGACACAGCGACACAUGCAACCCCGAUACAGGUAUAUGUGACUGCCAGCACAACACCGCCGGGCUCAGUUGUGAAAGGUGCAAAGACGGUUACUACGGCGACUCCACGGUCGGGAGUCCCAGGGACUGCCAGCCGUGCCCCUGCCCCGGAGGAUCCACGUGUGCCGUCGUGCCCAAGACCAAAGAGGUUGUCUGCACCAACUGUCCUGCCGGAACCACAGGGAAGAGCUGCGAGCUGUGCGAUGACGGUUUCUUCGGAGACCCGCUUGGCCAGGAUGGCCCAGUGAGGGCGUGUCGGGCCUGCAAGUGCAACGACAACAUCGACCCCAAUGCCGUGGGCAACUGUGACCGGGAGACCGGAGAGUGCCUCAAGUGCAUCUACAACACGGAUGGCUUCUUCUGCGACCGCUGCAAAGAGGGCUUCUAUGGAAAACCUCUGGCCUCCGACCCCAAGGACAAGUGCAAACCGUGUUCCUGCUCUCCAUACGGCACGGUCGGCCGGCAGACUAGCUGUCUUCAGGUGACGGGCCAGUGUACCUGCCUCCCCCAUGUCACCAACAGGGACUGCAGCGCGUGCGAACCCGGUUACUUCAACCUGCGCAGCGGGACCGGCUGUGAACGAUGCAACUGCAAUCCUAUCGGGUCCACCGACGGUCAGUGUGACAUCGGAUCUGGUCAGUGCGAAUGUCAACCCGGCAUCACGGGCAAACACUGCGACCGCUGCGAGGUCAACUUCUUCGGGUUCGGGUCAUCUGGCUGCAAACCGUGCGACUGCGACCCGGAGGGCUCUUCCACGGCCCAGUGCAAGGGGGACGGCCGCUGCGAGUGCCGCCCAGGCUUUGUGGGAGCCCGUUGCGACAUGUGCGAGGAGAACUACUUCUACAACCGCUCCACCCCCGGCUGCCAGCAGUGCCCGUCCUGCUACUCCCUGAUCCGAGACAAGGUGAACCAGCAGAGGCAGAAGCUGCACGACCUGCAGACGUUGAUUGACAAUCUGGGCUCCCCUUCGGAUACUGUGAGUGACAAGGCGUUUGAGGACCGUCUCAAGGAGGCAGAGAAAGCCAUCAUGGAUCUGCUGAAGGAGGCGCAGACCAGUAAAGAUGUUGACAAAGGCCUUCUGGAACGCCUGGGGGUCCUGAACAGCACUCUGACCACUCAGUGGAACCGUCUCCAGAACAUCAAGAACACUGUGGACAACACCGGAAACCUGGCCGACGAGGCCCGCAACCGGGUCCAAGAUGCUAAGGACCUGAUCGAACGCUCCCGCGAGGAACUGGACAAGGCGAAGGAUGCUAUCAGCAAAGUGGACAUCCAAACGCCGUCAAACACUGGAGGGCCUAACAAUAUGACCCUUCUAGCAGAGGAGGCUCGCAUCUUGGCUGAAAAACAUAAAAUGGACGCAGAUCAAAUCGAGAAGAUUGCCAAGGACGCCAACGACACGUCCACCAAAGCUCUAAACCUGCUGCUGAAGACUCUAGAUGGCGAGAACAAGACCAACCAGGACAUUGACGAGCUCAACAGGAAGUACAAUGAAGCCAAGGACCUGGCGAGGAACCUGGAGAAGCAGGCCAACAAGGUGCAUGCGGAAGCCGAGGAAGCUGCCGACAAUGCCCUGAAGAUCUACGCCAACCUGACCAGCUUGCCACCCUUCAACACUAAAUCACUGGAGGAUGAAGCGAACAAGAUCAAGAAGGAGGCGUCGGACCUGGACAAGCUGAUUGACAAGACUGAGAAGGAUUACAAUGACCUGAGGGACGACCUGAGGGGGAAGGAAGCCGAGGUCCGCAAGCUGCUUGAGAAGGGCAAGACGGAGCAGCAGACUGCAGAUCAGUUGCUGGCUCGUGCUGAUGCUGCCAAGGCGCUAGCGGAGGAGGCUGCUGAGAAGGGGAGGACCACCUACCAGGAGGCUCAAGACAUUCUUGGAAAUCUCAGAGACUUUGACAAGAGGGUGAAUGACAACAAGACGGCAGCUGUGGAUGCCAUGAGGAGAAUCCCAGAGAUCAACGCCACCAUCAACGCAGCCAAUGACAAGACCAAGCAGGCUGAGGGGGCGCUAGGCAAUGCGGCGGCAGAUGCCAAGGAGGCCAAGAAGAAGGCAGAGGAGGCAGACCGGAUUGCCAGCGCUGUGCAAACGGGUUCGGAGAAGACGAAGGCGGACGCGGACAAGGCCUUUGACGACGCCAUGAAGCUGGACGGGGAGGUGAACGACAUGAUGAAAGAGCUGGGCGCCGCGGAGGAAGAGCUGGCCAGGAAGAAGGAGUUGGCCGACCAAGACAUGAUGAUGGCCGGCAUGGCAUCCGACAACGCUAAAGAAGCGGAGGACAACGCUCGCAAAGCUAAAAGCGCCGUCAAGACGGUCCUCAGCACCAUCAACGACCUGCUCAAGUCCCUGGGCAACAUUGACAAGGUGGACCUAAGCAAGUUAGGCUUGAUUGAGGGGUCGCUGAAGCAGGCCAAGGAUAAGAUGGCAAACAGUGAACUGGACCGCAAGCUGGCCGAUCUGAACGAAGUGGCCAAGAGCCAGGAGGAGAUGAUCACCGACUAUGACAGACAGAUCACUGAGAUCCGGGCCGACAUAGCAAACCUCCAAGACAUCCAGAAGACGUUACCAAAUGGCUGUUUCAACACCCCGUCUCUAGAGCGCCCUUAACCCCCAUCUGUCCAUCCCCCUCCUCAUAUCCUGUCUGUACCACUCCUUUCCACAUCUAACACUCGGCCAGAAUGCCACCUUUUUACCAAAACAGUUUUUAUUUGUUUGUCUUGUCUUUUUUGUUUUGUUUUUACAAAAUCCCAAUUAUCAAGCCAAGUUUUGUGAAGCAAGCGAAGAGCUGAAGCAACUUUGACGUGUGGUAAAUGCAGAAACCUGAAAUGAACUAAGGGCGGUCGCCAAAAGCCGCGCGUCCAUUCUCCUUAGGUGCCUCAGAUCUGGAGAGGUGGCAUAUCUCGCUACAGAGUAAUCAAACCCACAUGACUGCACCACCUCCAGACUGUUCCUACACUACGAUGAAGGGGAAGGUUCUACCAUCUUGUUUUGUCACAACUGAAACCACGCCAACAGAGAAAACAAGAAAAUUCCUCAGCCUUUUUCAGAUUGGGUCUGACACAUGAUGUAUUUGUUUUUAUUUGAUAUGGUAUCAAAUACGCGCAUUCUGUGCCGUCAUUCUAGACCCUGGGGCAUGUUGGGAAUGGUUUGUCUGAGAUGUUUUUUUAUUUUUUUAGCUUUAGGCAUGUUGCAAAUUCCAAUACAUAUGUGCCAUCCUUGGUGUUAGCAACCAUUUGUUUUCAAAAACAAGCAGUGAAGGAAUCCUCUACGCUUUUAUGAUUAAUUUGCCUCCAUUUGCUCCCAAAGCUAUACGUCUUCUUGCAUUAACCAUGGAGGAAGUAAUCCUGUUAUUACACAUUUUAGUAACACUUUAUAAUUAUAUAACAUUUGUGAAGGGUUUAUGAAAGGGUCAUUAUUGCAAGAUUAUAGAUUAUUUAAUAAUUUCUAAAUCCGUUAUAAACCAUUUAGGAGCGGUCAUAUCGCAUUGGUCAACAUAGUGAGUUAAUUGCAGGGAAGGGGUGCGUUGAUAAAAUCUGAUAAGGGUUCAUUAGGUAGGAACGAUCUAAUUGAGUAAUUUUUGGUAUGUUCAUUUGACCAUGACAUCAUGGUUUUAAAUCUGGGACAAGGCAGUUUUCUGUUCCUGGGACAGAGCACGAGUGCAUCACACCCAAUCACAGGAAGUGUUACACACAUUUUUGCAGUAUUGAACAUUACUCCAUAUCCUGUUCCAUGUGCAUGACUGAAAACCUUUGGAAUUAAAUCAGCUGAAGGGUCUUCAAAUAUGGCUCUGAUGUUUAGAUAUUUCAGAUGGGCUUCGACUGCCCGGUUUAAAUCAUGUUUAAAUCAUGGUUGAAUUAUCAUUGUAUGUUUCUUUUUUUACACUACAAAUCAUGUUAUUAUAAUUUUUUUUGUUUUACAUGUUUUUUUCCCACCCGAAGCUGCUGCUUUAUACAGGUCUACUGCAAAACACAAAUUACCAUUUUUUUUAUUAAGGCAAAAUUCAACACUAUGCAACGUUGUACAUUUGCGUAGCAAGACUUUAUCUGAUACACUGGUGCUAAUAAUUAUUUCAAAUGUUAUAUUUUUGUGUGAAUGUUUUUUAUUAUGAUAUAGAGUGAGGAAUUGUUAUUUGUGUAAAUAUAUGCUUAAAUGAUUCAGGACUGGCUGAUUGUUAAACUCUAAACCCAGCAGCCUCCUCAUAGGUUCUGUCACAAAAUAAAAUCAACCGAGACCUCCACAUAAUAUAUAGAUCUAUAUAAUGAGUUCUGUGGUAUAAUAUGCUUGCUUGUAUACAUGGCUCAGUGUUGUUGCCUCAUAGCUCUGCCAUUAUUCAUUUGUGUUUAAUUCUCAGUGGGUUGUCACCAAUUAAUUGAUGAAUGCUUUUAUAACAAGAACCUCUACCCUUGAUUGACAAGAUCAGGACUUGCCUUUUGUGUUUAAAGGAUGGCUGUAAAGAAGCCACCCAUCUACAUUAAGCCUAACAUUUCAUUUUACUGAAUUUAUAUGCUUGGUCUCAAGUUGCUAGUUAAUCAUUUUUUUGUGCCUUAAUAUGUGGUCCUAAUAUUCACAUCACUUAGUCCCUCAUAGGGUGUCACAUUUUUUGUACACUUUACAUUUCAGACACUCCUUUCAGUACACUCCUUUCAGUACACUCAUUUCAGUACACUCAUUUCACAGACACGUUGUCUCCUCACACAUGGCCUACACAGGGUCCUUACAUUUCAGUAGAACAGCAGGGGUUUCGUCAAGGGGUCCAGAAGAACAGCCAGCCAGUAAAAGGAGUUAAAACCAGCCAGUUGUUUUCUCCAGUCAACAGCUCCGAUAUCCUUUCACUCCUUUGCAAAGCCUUUUCUCCGCCACGUCAUCUGUUCGGUCCUUAGGUUUUGCAAACUUCUUACCUCCUUUUAUAGAUGAAUGGAUCUACUUCGCGGCAAACCAUCUUUUGCCGUCCCUUACCCCUCCGAGUCACCACAAUGCCGUGGAUGGAUGUGCAACACAUACAGUUUGAUGUAUAAAACAGUAUUUCUAAUUUAUAAUGUCUCCAGUAUUUGUAUUAUUUUGUUCCAAUAGAUUAUAUGUAUGUGCUGCACAAUCUUUUGUCGUCCUUUGGCUUAUUGAGGGCAUCUUUUGUUUGAAUACAAGGCGCCUAUUCAUGAAACGUUUCGUUUGUGAGGACCUGAGAAAACCCUGCGUGUUACCCAUUUGCCUGUAAAUCCAAUUGUAACAUUAAUAAAAAAAAGUAUUACAGGA